UCCCAUCCAAAAAGUAGAGGUUCGCGAUUAAUUUGGGUCUACUUUAACUUGCUAGGAUUUUCUUUAUAAAUUUAGUGAAUUUGAGUCUACUUUUACUUGCUAGUAAAUGGUUAUUCUUCAUGGUGAGAAUAUAAAUUUCGUGUAAAAUACAGGAAAGAAAGAAGUAUAUUAAGGCAAAAGGAGAGGAAAUGGAGGAAAAAGUCAGAAAAGUCCACCGCCACCGCUUCACCACUGGAGUUGUUUGUUUUGGAAGGCAGACAAGAACAAGAUCAAAUUGCCCCAAAAUUUAAAAGCUCAACAAAAUACAUUAGAGGAGAAGCAUCGAUUACACAUUCAUACGUCACAAAAAUGUCUUCUUAGUAUUAAUUUUCCUCUAUUUCUCUGUUCGGUUGCUUCUUCCUCUUUGAUCUAAACGUGGCAUGGUAUGCGUACAAAGCUAAAAUUGGACAUGACAAACAUCUCGGUUCAGUAUAUUAGCAAAUUUCUACUAGUCUCUGGCAUGUCGCUAACGAUAUGGAUGAACUUCCAGGGGCUUUGGGUUCUAGUGGUAGCUUGGCUUUGAGAUUAGGACAGGCUAUCUUCUCUGUUGCUUCACUUCUUUUCAUGUGUUUCGAUAUUCCUUUCUAUAGCUACACUGCUUUCUGCUUUUCGGUGACAGUGAUGGGUUUGGUUAUGACAUGGAGCUUGAUACUAGCAAUGGUGGAUGCGUUCUCAGUUUUUAUUAAAGUCCCAACUCGUCUGCCUGCAUUACUCUCACUUGUUGUUUUAGGAGAUUGGGUCCUGUCAUUUAUGUCCCUAGCUGCAGCAUGUUCAACAGCUAGUGCGGUUGACUAUCUUAUUCAUUCUAGCAGCUCAUUCUGCCAGGGGAAUUUAUGCACCCGUUAUCAACUCUCCGCUACCAUGGCUUUCUUUUCUUGGUUUCUGACAUUUGCGUCAGCCCUCUUCAAUCUUUGGCUUCUUCCCUCCAUUUAGUAUCUCUAUCUGGUGCAAUAUGAUAUCCGGAAUAACCCGGAGGUAAUUUGUAUGGCUUUGUAUAUGGCACAACUUCCGUAUAGUCUGUCGGAGUUUAUAGUUAAUUGUAGAUGAAGCACAAAAUUCAGAAUAAAAGAUGUAUAAUGCUAUAGAAGGGAAGUAAUACCAGUGAUCCAUUGCUGGACUAAAUGUACUAAAUCUACUUUGAUCCUUGUUGCGUUGGUCAAUUAUGGUGAAGGCAGUUAAAGUCAAAGUUUUA